AUGGCCUGGGCUAUGGGUAUGGGAUGUUGCCAAAAAAGAGACACACCCCCAGAUGAGAUGAAUGCUGACCUAUUUUUUGCCAGCAUAUCAGGUGACUUCAUGAAAAGUAGCACAUUGAAUUUGAAGGAAGCACCCUGCUUAAAAACAGACAGUGAGAAAAGAUCAAUAAAAAUCCGUCCACCUAGCCCAAGGAUGUCUCCAAGGCAAUCUACCAGCCGCAGCCUGUCAUGUGAAGCCCCAACCAAAUCCAUCAUCCAGAGACGAAGUCAAUCCCUCCCUUCUCCAUCAGAGAGAAGGCGUCUUAGUCGCAGGGCAGGUGUACGAUUUGUGGACUCCUUGGGAUUGGACUUGGAAAAUGUAAAGGUCUUUAAAAGCGGUGAAGACCCUUUCAUCCCAGAGCAUGUUCUCUUCCGGAUUUUAAUGAAUGCUGAAUUAGCCUCAAGCAAGAGACUGGAAAUAUCACUACCAUAUCUGAAACCAAUGUUCCCUGUGCAACCAGGCGAUUCUUCAAACUUUGUUGAACGCCUUUGUUGCCAACAAGUGUGUUUGGAGCGGGUUUUGUGCUAUGAGCCUGGCAUCAUAGGGAUCGUUCAAGUUGUAAACCUGGCAUUCGAAAAGGAAGUGACUGUUCGCUACUCUUUUACAAACUGGAAAAGUUGCACGGAAACCAAGGCCUACUGGGUUGCAAGCAGAUCCAUUUCAAACGGGCCUUGCUGUGACACUUUUCGAUUUCAUCUUCCAGUUCCCCCGUUCAUCCUUCAUCCCGGUGCAUUGCUGGAGUUUGCCAUCUGUUACAAAGUCAUGGGCACUCAGUUUUGGGAUAACAACGGUGGAGAGAACUACACAUUGACCUGUCAGAGUUAUAAUCUGCCUGUGCCUAAGGAAUGUGAAGAUAGCAUGAUACACUUUAUCUGAGGGCACUAUGUUAAAAUAAACUUUGUUUAAGAGCACUGGUUCACCUUAUUAUAUUAUUCGCAGCUACCAGCACUUUGGGACUUGAGGAUUUUGCUUAAUGUACUUUAGUAAAUUAAUACAACUUGAAGCCAUAUGAACGCUAAGAUUUAUGCCUAAUAAAUGUCCUUAUAACUGUUCAAAUUAAGUACUGACAGUAUUUUGCUCAUAUAAUGUAUUAUAGUUAUAGUAAAGUGCCUUCACUGUAUUUUUGUAUUGCACUCAUGAGUCUGAUCUGCUUAUUUUGUGUUCUGUUGCCAUGCAUGACAUGUUCAUAAUAUUUGUAAAUUAAAAGGAAAAUGUUGUGAGCAGUAAUACUGAUGAAAUAAAUAAGAAUAAAUAUG